AUGUUGUAUUCAUUGCCAUACGGAUUUCAAGGUGUCGACUGGAAAUCGGUAUCCACUCCCGCAUCGUUACCGAUUGCAGUGAACUUUUCUCCGGAUCCAUCCACUUUAAAAAGUGAUUGUUACACCCUUCAUGAUUAUCGUGUGGUACCGUAUGGAUACAGUCCGGAAGAAUGGGAAGCCAAGCACAACUUUGAUAAGGAACCUGGUCUCGUCUAUCUUCGCCGACCGAUGACAGUUCGCGAGGUUUUCUACGAAAUGGUACUUCAACGGCUGAGUCAUGGGUUUCAGUUGUGUCAGGAAACUCCCACGACAAAUACCACUGCAAUUAACACCUCUGGUGAACAUUGUUCAAGCAAAUUAAGUUCUCCCGGAUCAACUGCUACUGGUUUCAGCCCUCCGGGUUUCGCCAAACCAGUCGGGAAACCAACCCCCUUCCGUUCUUCGGUUUGGCCCACACCCGGUCUAGAGACACGGACUCAUUCCGUGCCUACGAGCAAUACUGAACUCAUUCGUCGUACCACUGGUCCGCAUUCGACAAUCAGCACAGCCACUGUCAUUCCGAGUACAACCGCACACUGUCGACUGGCAACUCGCACGCGUAAUAUGAGCAAUCGUUGUACGGCGGACUCCGGAAAUGUGAACUCCACUAAUUGGUCAAACACCACUGGAAUCGGUGCCAACGUUGUCAAUCCGCGAAUCGGCACUGGUGGAACUGGCGUUUGCCGCUCCCUUGGUGUUGGAUUAACUUCGUCCCAACCGGUUAGAGCCUCUUGUGCUCUGGGAGCUCGUGCGUUCACUGCAAAAAGUCGACGUUCUGAGUCCCCUGCCACAGUACCCGGUCAGUUGCCACCUUUUGAACGCUUUGGUCAAACCGGUCCGAUUUUGUUUUUCGGAGCUUAUAAUUUUGAUCCCUAUCCCACGUUUAUUUACGCAACUGUUACAGUGACCAACUUUGAGUCACCUCCUUCAGAUAAGAUUGUUAAUCCUAAUGACUUUUGGCCUGAUGCUCGGAUUUCUCAACGUUGUGGUGCGGAUGAUAUGUCUUUUUCCCUCUCCGAUAUUGCAUGGCCCCGAAAUGCCUCGUGUCAGCAGACGUGGCAACAGCUGCAAAUCCAAUUGACUUCCAAUUCUUGGCCAUCCCCUCAAUCUUCAUCCUCAUUCACAGAUGUUACUCCAACGACCGCAUUUUCCCUAUCUUCUUGUACAGACACACUGAAACGACUUGUGAUAAUUGGAGCCCCGAGUGCUGAUGAUGGUCUUUCAGAACUGAAUUCCUUUCAGUUGCGCCGUCUUUUCUUCCAGAAUCACGGCUCACUCCGUUUAGAACGACUCACCGUACAACAGACUAAUUUGCGUCGAAUUAACCCUGGUUUUGUUGAUCAACUCCAAGCUGCACGUCUGAUCGAUCUGGAAAUUCGUCGAAAUCCUCAACUGACCAGCGAAACACUCGGUGUUGGUUGGUUGGCGAAUGCACCUGGUUUACGGUUGCUCGAUCUCAGUCGUAACGGGCUAGUUACUGUGGAUCUAGCUCGUUGGGGCUUCGCACUGAACCCCAUCAGUCAGUUGCUCACAUUGAAUUUGGCCGGUAAUCGUAUCACACAUUUACGAUCACAAAGUUUCGCCCGAGUUCCCAAUCUCAUCAGUCUCGAUUUGUCUGAAAACAUGCUCACAUACCUGCCUCUUAGUGUAUUUGAAGGACUUCGCAAUUUGACUAUCCUAAAUCUCCAAGGGAAUCGAUUAACUCUACCAGGAUUACCUUUAGCUGAUGUUAGUUUGUUCAUUGUGAUGCCCAACUUGCGACAACUACGUUUGUCUCGUAACCCUUUACUUGCAUCUAUAACUACAAUGGGAUCGAAGAACUCCACAUCUUGGUGGCUCACUCAUGAUUGCCCUGAACAACUGACUCAACUGUACUUGGAAGAAUUGUCUGCCAAUCAGGCCUCGUCGAUAUUGGAUUCGCCUCCUGGGUUACCACCGAUUGCGUGGGAUAAAUGCCCUUCCCUAUCCAAUCUGAUGCUCACUCAAUCUAAUCUGCUUCCCUACAGAUUUCGUAUUCGUCCACAAACUCUACAGCUGUGUCCUCCAUCUACACUAUCUGUGAACGAAAACCUCGACGAUGAUCGGGUAACAGACCAAUCGCAUCGCACUGCAGCUGUCUCCUCCGGUUCCGGUGAUACAUUGGUCUUGAUUCAGCCGAGUAGUACUUUGACUGCUACAACCUCAGAAAGUUGGAAUGACGUGGAUUCGGACACAUUUGAUGUGGGUGAUGGACGAAACUUACGAUUGCUUCGGCUACGUAACAAUAACCUGAGUCCUUGGAUUGUGUUUGCUUUGGUGUUUCUUGUUUUGGCGGUGGUCACCACUUUGCUUGUCUGGACUGCAAUCUACUGUGUUCGACAUUACCGACACCGCUUCAAAUAUGGCGGAACAGACCUAUCUCAAGCGAACGGUCACGUCCCAUUGACCAAACGUACUCUGCCGAAAUAUUCUUUGGGCACACCGUAUCCCGGGCCGUUCCUAUUCCCAGUUGCGCAGGUUGAUCCAGCCAAACUGGAUCCUAAUGGUUACACUCCUCUCGAAUUGCCUGUUGUGCAUCCAAACGGGGCUGCAUUUGUGCCGUCUCCCAUAACUCAGACAGAAGCUAGUAUGCGUUUACUCAGCCCCAGCGACAGUGGUAUGGGUGAUGUAACGCCCACCCGAAUGGCCCAGUCCUUCCACACGGGAUUGAGUCCAGCCUCUAGUCACGCUUCGUUCCAAAUGUCUCAGUCUGUGUUUGGUGCACCACCCUAUCAUCGAUUCAUGGCACGCAAUCCAAUGUACUAUCAUGCACCGUCAUUCAGUUCUCUCAGAUCUGUUAACUUGCCCUCCCGAAUGCCGGACAAUGGAUAUAUGCUCUAUCGAUCGUUUGUGGCCACACCGCAUAAGAAUGCGGCCACAUCCACGGAAGAUGUCUCGAUUGGACCUAGUUCUAUAAUGGGUGAUUUAGCUGACGAUUGUGCUACUCUGAACGGGCCGACACCACCAGACACCCCGACUCAGAAUGGACCUUGCUAA